UUUAUUUGAAUUUCACAUUUAUUUUGUAUGUUAUGAAUUCAAUGGAAUGAUGAAACUCUGGUUUUUUAAAAACCCCAUUCGACAUUACUCCUCAAAAACUACUCAAAAAUGGAGAAGCGUUGUCGGCUUGGAGGUACAUGCACAAAUUAUUUCAAAAUCUAAACUGUUUUCUCCGUCUUCUUCUGCCUUUUCAUCACCUGUUAAUAGUAAUGUUUCUUUUUUGGAUGCAUCGUUACCAGGAACUCUUCCUGUAUUAAAUAAGCGUUGUGUUGAAGCUGGUGUUAUGACUGCAUUAGCAUUGAAUUGUGAUGUUAAUUUAGUUUCUAUGUUCGAUAGAAAACAUUACUUUUAUGGAGAUAUGCCAGCUGGUUAUCAAAUUACUCAGCAAAGAAGCCCUCUAGCGCAAUAUGGAAAUCUUCAUUUUUUUGUGUACACACCUGGAGUUCACAAGUCUCCUUAUAGUAAAGAAGUUAGAAUCAAACAAUUGCAAUUAGAGCAAGACAGUGGUAAAAGUUUGCAUGAUUCUGAUCGUAGCUUGAUAGAUUUGAAUCGUGCAGGUAUGGGAUUGAUGGAAUUAGUUUUUGAACCUGAUCUGACUGAUGGAGAAGAAGCUGCUGCCCUAGUGAAAGAAUUGAUAGCAAUACUGAAAAGAAUUGGAACUUGUUCCUGUAAAAUGGAAGAGGGUGCCUUGAGAGUUGAUGCUAAUGUUUCUAUACAUAGAGAAAAGGAACCUCUAGGUGUAAGAACAGAAAUAAAAAAUAUUGGUUCUGUAAGGGGAGUAGCAUCUGCAAUUAAAUAUGAAAUCAAUAGACAAAUUGAAAUGAAAGAGAGAGGAUAUGAUAUAAUUAAUGAAACUAGAUCAUGGGAUGCUAUCAGUAAAUCAACACUACCUUUACGUGACAAAGAAGAAAAACAGGAUUAUCGUUACAUGCCAGAGCCUAACCUACCUCCACUAUAUCUUUCUUUUGGAAACUUGAUUCCCGGGCUUGUAAAUGUGAAAUCAUUGAAAGAAAUACAACCUGAAUUACCAGCCCAAAUCAGGAUUAGAUUGAGCAAAGAGCUAGGAUUGACUGAAAAUCAAGCAUUACUUUUAGUGAAUGAUGAUGUUCUAUUGGAAUUAUUUGAAGAAACUCUGAAGAUUAAAUCUCUCAAACCUACAUUGUUAGCUAAUAUUAUUAUAUAUGAAUUCUCCAAAAUUAUUACUGAUUUUGACAAAAAACCUCAGGAAAUGACUCAUUGGAUAAUGUUUUUAGCUGAUUCGGUACAUUUACUGGAUACAAGGCAAAUUAGUAGAAAUACUGUUCGUUAUUUAUUCGAAGUUUUAUCCAAAGGAUGUAAUAAGGAUGCUUUACAGAUUGUACAUGAACAAAAUUUAUUUCAAAUAACUGAUCUAGAAGAACUUCGGAAAUUGUGUGAAGAAGUUAUAAAAGAAAAUGAAACACUUGUCAAUACAUACAAGGCAGGAAAGAAAAAAGUCUUCAAAGCAUUAAUGGGAAAAAUAGCAUUGAAAACACAAGAUAGAGCUGAUAUGGCUAAAUGUGAUGAAAUAAUGAAAAACUUACUGAAUAAAUUAUAAUAAGAA